AUGCAGCUCUGUGCUGACGACUUUUACUGCCACCAGUUCCAACCCAACACCUUUGACCCCUCCCGCUGUGGUUUGUGCUUGCGCCCGGGACACAUGCACCUGAACAGUACCUCACAGGACAACCAUGACUUCCUGUCGGAGGUGACCAGAUACAGUGAUGUCACAAGGAGCGUCUGGACCUAUCAGGAGAGCCUAACUCACACUCCGAGCCCUGACUGGGAACUUAAUAUCUGUGACUCUGACACGGUACACAGCAGUCAGGAGGACCAGUGGGACUUCCUGCCAGACCCAGGGAGGAGUGGCUCUAGCAGCCCAGCAGGGUGCUGUGUGACGGGGCCAGAGAUGACCCGGGUGGACCCCUCUCCCCACAGACCACCACACAGCUCACUGAUGGAGGAGAAGAGAGGCCGGGAGAGGUUCAGGCGACCCUCAGGAUCAAGAGGAGAAAGUGGCUACUUCUCUCCGGACAGGAAAGCCUUAUUUGAUGGUGGUCCCCAGGCUCAGGUGGAGGGUGUAUCCAAACGGCCUUACCGGCACUAUGAGAGGGGCCAUCCGCUCCCCAACAACCACAGCCCAGAACCCAAAGCCUCCAUCCCCUACCGGAACGUGAAUCUCGGAAUUCCCUCCCAGAGGAGAAGCGAUGAAACGUUCCAGCAGGAGACCUGGAGGAGCGAGUCUCCGCAGCGAUACACCUAUCAUUCCAACUUCAGACGUGGUGGCACUGAUUCUCAAGAUCAGUCUCCUAGCCCUCGCUCCCCAUGUUCAAACCGGUAUAAACUUGCUGAAUCUCGAUCUGCGUCCUCCCAACGUAGAAGCUCCCACUCCAAAAGUCACGCUCCUUCUCACGCUCCGUCUCACUCAUCUCCCUCCUCGUCUCGCCAUCCGUCAGGACGGUCCAGUCCCUCUCACAGACGAGGGUCUGUCGUGUCUCACCACCCCUCCCCGUCUCGAAACACGGCCUCCUACAAACAUACUGACUCCUCCCAUGUAAGAAAUGGUAAAACAGAGCAUUACGCCAAUGGGCGUGAUCAAGAUUCAAGGGAUUCAAGAGAGUCAAGAGAUUCAAGAGAUUCAAGAGGAUCAAGAGAGCCAAGAGAGUCAAGAGAGUCAAGAGGAUCAAGAGAGCCAAGAGGUUCAAGAGAGUCAAGGGAGUCAAGGGAGCCAAGGGAGCCAAGAGAGUCAAGAGAGCCACGAGAGUCACGAGAGUCAAGAGAAUCAAGAGAGCCAAGAGAGUCAAGAGAGUCAAGAGAGUCAAGAGACUCAAGAGAGUCAAGAGAGCCAAGAGAGUCAAGAGAGUCAAGAGAGUCAAGAGAGUCAAGAGAGUCAAGAGGUUCAAGAGAGCCAAGAGAGUCAAGAGAGUCAAGACGUCCCUCCCACAACUCAAACAGUCACAGUUUGGACUCUGAAAAACUGUACAAAAAUCUUGACUCCAUCUCUCGACGUGACUCUCCAGCCUUGCAGCCAAACUCCCACGAAGGGUGUCGAAGCACCCGGCUCAGAACAGAUAAAAACCCUUCCCCAACCACUCGCAGUCGUGAUAGUCGUGAAUGCUCUCCCCCUAUAAGUGGCUAUGGUACACACARCCAUUCACCCCAAAGAGAAACCAAGCAUAGCGACACCAGACCUGACACAGCACAGAGCUACUCAAGGAGACCAGAGAGGGUAGCUAGAGAGGAACGGACAGAGAUGCACCCCCCUAAAACCAACACCAGCCUCCCUCCAGGCUCCUGGCCUGGCUCCUCCCACUCCCUUCUAAGCCCUGCCCUCUCUUGUAGCUCCUCCCCACCACGACUAGGCAUCGACUCCCAGCUGCUUGCCAAUUCGUUGAAACCCUACGCUGCGACCAUGGAAAUGAAUGACAGGCCAAUCAGUGACAGGAGCAAGAGUAAUAUAAGGCGGGGCAUGGAGUACCUGUUGACCCGAGAGGAGCCCAAGAGAACCGCCUCAGUGGACUCCCAGGGGAUGACCAUAGAGGACUACGUCAUUCUGGCCGACAUCCCCAGACUGGACCUGGGGUCAGAGGGAGAGGGGGCAGAGGUGCUACUGGGCCCGAGGAGGAGGACCCAGAGCCCCAGCCCACGUAGAGACCAGAGGCACAGAACACCCAGGUAUGUAGAGGAAUCUGAUAGCUGCAGUACGAGGGUUGAGUCUGAUGAGAGAGGGAGAGGCAGAGAGAGGGGAGAGACAGGAGGGAGAAAGAGAAGGAGAAAUAUUGCGCCUCAGAGGACGGACGACUGUCCCGACCCCAGUCCACAACUGAUCUUCAGCACAUGGAGGAAACACUGGUUUGACUGA